UGAGGAGCGGCCCCGGCGCUGGGCCCGGCCCGGGCAGGAGGCCAAGGAGCCGCUGCUGCUGCCCCGAACCGCCGGGAGCUCGGCGUGACCGGGACCUGAGGGCGCUGGGAGCUGGGGGCGUGUGUGGAUGGAGGAUGAGGAAAAGCCCUGGAGAUUCCGCACAAGGAGGGGCAGCAAACCCAGCCCAGGGAGCUGCGGGGAGGAAAGAGCCCCCCUGAGCCGGGAAGGCAGCCGGAGAUCCAGCCAGAGCUCAGAGCUGGUAGAGAAGCCUCAGGGCAGGGAGAAGCCCCACAAGUGCUUGGAAUGUGGGAAGGGUUUUAGUCGGAGCUUAGACCUGACUGAGCACCAGGUGAUCCACACUGGGGAGCAGCCCUACGAGUGUGAGGAGUGUGGGAAGCGUUUCAGCUGGAGCUCCAGCCUGAGGCAGCACCAGGUGAUCCACACUGGGAAGAGACCCUAUGAGUGUGAGGAGUGUGGAAAGAGGUUCAGCCAGAACUCUGUCCUGAUCCAACACCAGAGGAUCCACACUGGGGAAAAGCCCUUUGAGUGUGGGGAAUGUGGGAAGAGCUUCAGGCAGAGGGGCCAACUGAAGCAACACCAGAUGAUCCACACUGGGGAAAAGCCCUAUGAGUGUGGGGAAUGUGGGAUGAGCUUCAGCCAGAAGGGCCACCUGAUGCAACACCAGAGGAUCCACACAGGGGGAAAGCCCUAUGAGUGUGGCGAAUGUGGGAAGAGCUUCAGCCAGAGCUCUGGCCUGAAGAAACACAAGAGGAUCCACACUGGGGAAAAGCCCUAUGAGUGUGGGGAGUGUGGGAAGAGCUUCAGCAUGAAAUGCCAGCUGACGGAACACCAGAAGAUCCACACUGGGGAAAAGCCCUACAAGUGUGGGGAAUGUGGGAGGAGCUUCAGAGGAAGCUCGGCCCUGAUUCGGCACCAGGUGAUCCACACGGGGGAACGGCCGUACACCUGCUUGGAAUGUGGGAAGAGCUAUGGGUGGCACACUGACCUGAGAAAACACCAGCAGAGCAUUCACUCUGGGGAGAAGCCCUACAAGUGUCCCCAGUGUGGGAAGAGGUUUCACAGGAGCUCCGAUCUCCUCGUACAUGAGCGAAGUCACACAGACGAGAGGCCCUUCCGCUGCCCUGACUGUGGGAAGGGCUUCAAGCAAAACUCCAAACUCACCAUCCACCGGCGUAUCCACACGGGGGAGAGGCCCUACAAAUGUCCUGAGUGUGGGAAGAGCUUCUCCACGAGCUCAGUCUUGACCAAACACCAACGGAGGCGCCACUGAGGGAAGCCCUGUGAAUACCCCAAGUUCAGGAAGAGCUUCAUGCACUCCUCCAACUCCAUCCCCCAAGGAAGGAUCCACAUUGGGUGGUCCCCAGUGACCCUCAUUGGGCAGAGCCCUGAUGAUCCAUGGUCCUGGUGAUCUGUGUUGAGAAGACACCUGGCUGGGUGGCUCCACAUCUUCCUGGCUUCCCGUGGGCACAUGGAUGUAUACGGGGGCAGGAACAUCCAUUGGGACGCAGACCAACAAUGGGAAUUCCUUGGGGAGAGCGGAUUUGUUGACUUUCACCCCCAUAAAAUCUUUUGCAUUCAAUCCUAUCUUCUGGUGGCAUCAAGGAAUACUGAAUGGUCUUGGAGGUCUUUCCCAGUUUCAGGGAUGCCAUGAUUUUGAUUUCCUAUUGCCCAAAGGUGUCUUUGGCAGACAAAUGGUGAAAAAGUGGAGAAAAGACCAAGAUUUUUGAGACAGUGGGGUAGAAACUCCACCAAAAAAGGUUCUUCCCUCCCACCAAGCACACAGGUCCUCUGCCAGCAUAGACACGGAAGUCCUUUUCUUUUGGCCUUGAUUUUCUUUUCAUUUCUCUUCAUCCUUUUAAAAUAUCUGAUAUUGGAGUAAAAAUAAAGACAUUAAAUUAA